CGGAUGAGGGAUUGUGGGGAGUUACUUGACACUGGUCCAGAUGAUUCAAGCACCACUUGGGAGUCUUACAGAGAGAAGACUCUAAAUGCCCCAACACAAGUGUCGGACUCUGAAUUCAAUACUACUUUUUACGACUGUGAAACGGAAAUAGCAACAAGGGAUCUUCUAUCGGAACAGCAAGAUGAUGGUGACGAGCAUGAGGACGGUGACAAGGUCGACGGCAAGGAGGAUGACAAUAGCGAGCACAGUGGCAAGGAGGAUGACGAUUUCCUCUCUUGGCAAGAUGAUGGUGACGAGCAUGAGGACAGUGACAAGGUCGACGGCAAGGAGGAUGACAAUAGCGAGGACAAUGGCAAGGAGGAUGACGAUGAUGACAACCGUCGUGCAUAUAGAUGAUGAUGAUGGCAAGGAGGAUGA